AUGACCAAACGAAGAGAGCCUGGUCGUCUUAGAAAGCCUGGUCGUCUUAGAGAGCCUGGUCGUCUUAGAGAGCCUGGUGGUCUUAGAGAGUCUGGUCGUCUUAGAGAGCCUGGUCGACUUAGAGAGCCUGGUGGUCUUAGAGAGCCUGGUGGUCUUAGAGAGCCUGGUCGUCUUAGAGAGUCUGGUGGUCUUAGAGAGCCUGGUCGUCUUAGAGAGUCUGGUCGUCUUAGAGAGCCUGGUCGUCUUAGAGAGUCUGGUGGUCUUAGAGAGCCUGGUCGUCUUAGAGAGCCUGGUCGUCUUAGAGAGCCUGGUGGUCUUAGAGAGCCUGGUCGUCUUAGAGAGUCUGGUGGUCUUAGAGAGCCUGGUCGUCUUAGAGAGUCUGGUGGUCUUAGAGAGCCUGGUGGUCUUAGAGAGCCUGGUCGUCUUAGAGAGCCUGGUCGUCUUAGAGAGCCUGGUCGUCUUAGAGAGCCUGGUCGUCUUAGAGAGCCUGGUGGUCUUAGAGAGCCUGGUCGUCUUAGAGAGCCUGGUGGUCUUAGAGAGCCUGGUCGUCUUAGAGAGCCUGGUGGUCUUAGAGAGCCUGGUGGUCUUAGUGAGCCUGGUCGUCUUAGAGAGCCUGGUCGUCUUAGUGAGCCUGGUCGUCUUAGAGAGCCUGGUCGUCUUAGAGAGUCUGGUCGUCUUAGAGAGUCUGGUGGUCUUAGAGAGCCUGGUGGUCUUAGAGAGCCUGGUGGUCUUAGAGAGCCUGGUGGUCUUAGAGAGCCUGGUCGUCUUAGAGAGUCAGGUCUUCUUAGAGAGUCUGGUCUUCUUAGAGAGUCUGGUCGUCUUAGAGAGUCUGGUCUUCUUAGAGAGUCUGGUCGUCUUAGAGAGUCUGGUCGUCUUAGAGAGUCUGGUCGUCUUAGAGAGUCUGGUCGUCUUAGAGAGCCUGGACGUCUUAGAGAGCCUGGUCGUCUUAGAGAGUCUGGUGGUCUUAGAGAGCCUGGUGGUCUUAGAGAGUCUGGUGGUCUUAGAGAGCCUGGUGGUCUUAGAGAGUCAGGUCUUCUUAGAGAGUCUGGUCGUCUUAGAGAGUCAGGUCUUCUUAGAGAGUCUGGUCGUCUUAGAGAGUCUGGUCGUCUUAGAGAGCCUGGUGGUCUUAGAGAGCCUGGUCGUCUUAGAGAGCCUGGUCGUCUUAGAGAGCCUGGUCGUCUUAGAGAGUCUGGUCGUCUUAGAGAGCCUGGUCGUCUUAGAGAGCCUGGUCGUCUUAGAGAGCCUGGUCGUCUUAGAGAGUCUGGUCGUCUUAGAGAGCCUGGUCGUCUUAGAGAGUCUGGUCGUCUUAGAGAGUCUGGUCGUCUUAGAGAGUCUGGUCGUCUUAGAGAGUCUGGUCGUCUUAGAGAGUCUGGUCGUCUUAGAGAGUCUGGUCGUCUUAGAGAGCCUGGUCGUCUUAGAGAGUCUGGUGGUCUUAUGCGGUGUGGACUGUCGUCUUGA